AUGGGAAACAGCGGGCGUCUGGAGAGCGCCAUGCAGAACAUGAACCUGGGGUCUCCAAUGCCCGAAGCUCCUCCAGAACCUACUCAUAACCACACCGAGUUCAUGCCGAGGAGGGCGCUCUCUUCCAGCAUCCCGGAGCACGCUGAUAUAGAAUCGAGUCGCGGGCUGGAAGCGGACCCGCAGUCACCACCACUUGCGCGGCCUCAGCGGUUCUAUGGAGACGGCGGACUCGUUCCACGUUCAUGCUUUCUUGACCUGCUUCGCGGUAGACUCCGUCCGAAAAGAGUGGCUCGAAUGGAGCAGGUGCUGCUCCAACGAUGUGAGCGGGUGACGCUGCUCCUGGAGAACCUCGCGGAUCCGCACAAUGGCGCAGCUAUCCUGCGCACAUGCGAGUGCUUUGGUAUUCAAUUCGUUCAUGUUCUGGAAUCCAUUGAGAGCUUCCGCUGUCAUAGUCACACGGUACCCGAUGACUGCGGGUCAACGAGAGGCGUGAGCCGCUCAUGUGACCAAUGGUUGCGUAUUCGUCGAUUCCAUCAGCUCAACGAAUGCCUGGCAAGCUUGCGAGCGAAUGGUUACAGCCUCAUCGGCACGACGUUAGACACCACACGCUCAGUACCGAUCGACAACGUCGAUUUUACGUCCUUGAAGCGGAUCUGUAUUGUCUUGGGCAACGAGGAGCGCGGCCUGAGCAGUGCAAUGCAGCGCCAUUGUGAGCAACUCAUUCACCUGCCUAUGGUGGGUUUUUCCCAAUCGCUCAAUGUUAGCGUUGCAGCUGCUUGUAUGCUCUAUCACCUGCGGAUGAAAGGAUGCAUCCAACCGGACUUGUCACCAGAGCAGCUGCAAGAUCUCUAUACUCGAUGGCUUGUUCGGGCGAAUCGUAAUCUCCGGCCCGUUCUCGAGCGAAACGGUAUCAAAUAUGACGAGAUCUAG